AUGAAUGCAUGGACCUGUAACAGCUCAGAUGGCUUCCCCACCUCCUUUUACCUAAUGGGCAUUCCCUCCCUCCCAAAGUCCCUCUUCCUCCCUGUCUUUUCUAUCUUCCUCAUCCUCUAUCUCCUUGUCAUCACUGGUAACUCCCUGAUUCUGGUGGCUGUGGUGAUUGACUCCAACCUUCACAAGCCCAUGUACUUCUUCCUGACCAACCUCUCAGCACUGGACAUCCUCUUUACCACAACCACCAUCCCCAGGAUGCUCUCUCUCUUCUUGCUAGGUGAUAGAAUCCUCUCCUUCCCAGCCUGCUUCCUGCAAAUGUACUUUUUCCAUGGCUUCUCCUGCUCUGAGGCCUUUAUCCUGGUGAUUAUGGCCUAUGACCGUUAUGAAGCCAUCUGUCACCCAUUGCACUAUACAGUCCACAUGACCCCACAGGUCAAUGCCAAGCUGGCAGCUGGUGCCUGGCUAGCUGCCCUCCUGCUGCCCAUCCCAGCUGUAGUCCAGUCAUCCCAGAUGACCUUUGGCACCUUGGCCCAGGUCUUCCACUGCUUCUGUGACCACCUGGCAGUGGUGCAGGCCUCCUGCUCAGACCCCACCUUCCAGACAUUCCUGGGUUUCUGUUGUGCCAUGGCUGUUUCCUUCAUGCCCCUGCUACUGGUGGUCCUAUCCUAUGCUCGAAUUCUCAUCUCCAUCCUGAAGAUCAGCUCAAAGGAAGGCCGGGCAAAGGCCUUCUCCACCUGCACAUCCCAUCUCCUUGUUGUUGGCACCUACUAUACAUCUAUUGCCGUGGCCUAUGUGGCCUACAGGGCUGACCUUCCUGUGGACUUCCACAUCAUGGGAAAUGUGGUAUAUGCCAUCCUCACACCUGUGGUGAACCCCCUCAUCUACACUCUAAGGAACAAGGAUGUCAAAGCAGCCAUCACCAAAUUCGUGAGCCAUUGGAGCAGAGGUUACCAUUGA